GGUCAAAGGUGAUGCCGUGUGACCACAGCACGGGAUUGGUCGAUCGCAGUGUGCUUACAGUUCAUUGGACAGGAAAACGCACGCCUUCUACCAACUCGAAUAAGAAAAAAACAAAACAAGCUACAAGGUCAUCUCUGAGCCGGCAGUAAGUAUGCUGUCUGCACACAAAGCAUGUGCAGCACUAGCCGCCCGCCGCCUGCUUCAAGCCUCCGCCUCCUCGUCCCACACACGCCACCGUCUCAUCCACACGUCCUCGUCGCAUCGGGACAGAUCCCAGCUGCAUCCGGAGUGGGCCAGCCUGGCUAAGAAACAGCUGAAAGGAAAGAACCCAGAGGAUCUAAUAUGGCGCACACCUGAGGGAAUCAGCAUCAAGCCGGUGUACACUCAGGCUGACUCAGAGGGACGUGCUGAUGAACUGCCGGGAACGUUUCCCUACACUAGAGGGCCCUAUCCCACAAUGUACACAUACAGACCAUGGACAAUCAGGCAGUAUGCUGGCUUUAGCACCGUGGAGGAGAGCAACAAAUUCUAUAAAGAUAACAUUAAAGCCGGCCAGCAGGGCCUCUCCGUGGCUUUUGACCUCCCAACUCACCGUGGUUACGACUCGGACAACCCCAGAGUCCACGGGGAUGUGGGCAUGGCCGGAGUAGCCAUAGACUCGGUGGAGGACAUGAAGCUGCUCUUUGAUGAAAUCCCUCUGGAGAAGAUGUCCGUGUCGAUGACCAUGAACGGCGCCGUCAUCCCAGUUCUGGCCAUGUUUAUCGUGACUGGAGAGGAGCAGGGCGUUCCCAAAGAGAAGCUAACCGGCACUAUUCAAAAUGACAUUUUAAAAGAAUUCAUGGUACGCAACACGUAUAUCUUCCCUCCGGAACCUUCCAUGCAUGCCAUAGCCGACAUCUUUGCUUAUACCUCCAAGAACAUGCCCAAGUUCAACUCCAUCUCCAUCAGUGGCUACCACCUUCAGGAGGCCGGGGCGGAUGCCAUCCUGGAGCUGGCCUACACUAUCGCCAACGGGCUGGAGUAUUGCCGGACGGGACUGAAAGCAGGUUUAACCAUCGACGAAUUUGCCCCAAGAUUGUCGUUCUUCUGGGGCAUCGGGAUGAAUUUCUACAUGGAAAUAGCCAAGCUGAGAGCCGCCCGGAGGCUGUGGGCCACACUCCUUAAAGAAAACUUCCAGCCCAAGAUUUCCAAGUCCCUCCUCCUGCGAACACACUGCCAGACGUCGGGCUGGUCGCUGACAGAGCAGGAUCCGUACAACAAUGUAAUCCGCACAGUGAUCGAGGGCAUGGCCGCCGUGUUCGGGGGCACGCAGUCCCUCCACACCAACUCCUUUGACGAGGCGCUGGGCCUUCCGACGGUGAAGAGCGCUCGCAUCGCCAGGAACACCCAGAUUAUCAUCCAGGAGGAGUCGGGAAUCCCCAAAGUGGCCGACCCCUGGGGGGGCUCGCACAUGAUGGAAACUCUCACCGAUGACGUUUAUGAUGCAGCGCUCAAGUUCAUUAAAGAGAUCGAGGAGAUGGGGGGCAUGGCCAAAGCCGUGGCAGAGGGCAUUCCUAAACUCCGCAUUGAGGAGUGUGCUGCACGAAGACAGGCCCGCAUCGACUCAGGAAGUGAAGUCAUUGUCGGAGUGAACAAGUACCGUCUGGAGAAAGAGGAGACGGUGGAGGUGCUGGCGAUAGAUAACACGGUCGUACGUCAGAAACAGAUUGAGAAGCUCAAAAAGGUGAGGGAAAGUCGAGACCCGGAGGCUGCGAGGAGCUGUCUGGCGGCCAUCGAGGAGUGCGCUCGGACCAGGGAGGGGAACCUUUUGGCCCUGGCUGUGGAGGCGGCUCGAGCCAGAUGCUCUGUUGGAGAAAUCACUGAUGCCAUGAAGAGAGUGUUUGGGGAACACAAGGCCAGCACACGGAUGGUGAGCGGAGCGUAUCGCAGCGAGUUCGGAGAACACGAAGAGAUCGCCGUGGUCCACAACAGAGUCGUAGAGUUCAAGAGGCACGAGGGCAGGAACCCUCGACUACUCGUGGCAAAAAUGGGGCAGGACGGUCACGACCGGGGAGCAAAGGUCAUCGCUACGGGUUUUGCAGACCUGGGGUUUGACGUGGACAUCGGACCGCUCUUUCAGACCCCUCUUGAGGUUGCCCAGCAGGCCGUUGAUGCGGACGUCCACUGUGUCGGCAUCAGCACGCUGGCUGCCGGACACAAAACUCUGGUCCCGGAGCUCAUCAAGGAGCUGCGGAAGCUCAACAGACCCGAUAUCCUCGUCAUAUGUGGAGGUGUCAUCCCGCCACAGGACUACGAGUUCCUGUAUCGGAGCGGCGUGUGCGCCAUCUUCGGUCCGGGAACCAGAAUCCCACAAGCUGCCGUUGAGGUCAUAGACAGCAUCGAGAAAAGCCUGGAAAGCAUGCGGCAAGCCAUGUGAAAACCAACCAGAGGGGAAAAAGUCAAGUCUGGACAAAACGUUUCCUCAUUCUUUGUUUUCUUUAAAAAAAACAAAACCUUAUAAUGUUAAUAUUUUUAGCAACAAUAUCCCUAGCUUUGAUCAUGACGUGGGUUUUCUGUUAUACUGUCAUGUCUCAGACAUUUUGGGUUUACUUUAAUGCUAGAAAUAUCUACUGAACUGAAUAAUCGCAUUGAUCUAAUGUUUGCCGAUCAGCACUUCCCCACGAGCUCUGAAUGUGUCUUUUUCUAAUCCACCAUUUCAUGUAAGUGUCUUUAAUGAAAAAUUGUUACAUAAAUCAAAACUUAUGUGAGCAAAAAUCCUCA